AUGUCUAAGGUAGCCAAGUAUCGCCGGCAGGUGAGCGAAGACCCCGAUAUCGACAGCCUGCUGUCCACCCUGUCUCCUGAGGAGAUGGAGGAGCUGGAGAAGGAGCUGGAUGUGGUGGACCCGGAUGGGAGCAUUCCUGUGGGGCUGCGGCAGAGAAACCAGACUGAGAAGCAGUCCACGGGAGCGUACAACCGAGAAGCCAUGCUCAACUUCUGUGAAAAGGAGACCAAGAAACUGAUUCAGAGGGAGAUGUCCAUGGAUGAAAGCAAGCAAGUGGAGACCAAGACUGAUGCCAAGAACGGAGAGGAAAGGGGCAGAGAUGCCAGCAAAAAAACCCUGGGCCCCAGACGGGACUCUGACCUGGGGAAGGAGCCAAAGAGAGGUGGCUUAAAGAAAAGCUUUUCCAGAGACAAAGAUGAAACUGAUGGCAAAAAUGAUGAGAAGCCCAAGGAGGAGAAGAUCAUCAGGGGCAUUGACAAGGGCCGGGUCAGGGCUGCAGUGGACAAGAAGGAGGCAGGCAAGGAUGGCAAAGGAGAGGAGAGAGUCAUGGCCACAGGCAAGGAAGAUGAGAAGAAAAGGAGUGACAAGAACACAAGUUUGAGCAGAGACAAAGAUAAGAAGAGAGAGGAGAUGAAGGAGAUAACCAAGAAAGAGGAUAAUGUGAAGGUAAAAGGAGAAAGUAGGAGCCCAGACACCAAAAAAGAGGAUGAGAAGAUGAAAAGAGGAAGUGGGAACACAGACACUAUGAGAGAAGAUGAGAAGGCAAAGAAAGAAAGUGGAAACAAAGAUACAAAAAAGGAGGAUGAGAAAGUCAAGAAGAACGAAUCCCAAAAUGAAAAGGAGCCCAAGGAAGAGAGCAAAACCAAAGCACCAGAGGGAAGCAAUUCUGAGAAACAUGCCCCCGGAGGCCCCACCAAGCCCUGUGAAGGGCCUGCCAAGGUGGAGGAGGAAGCAGCUCCCAGCAUAUUUGAUGAGCCUCUGGAGAAAGUGAAGAACAAUGAUCCGGAGAUGACUGAAGUGAAUGUCAACAACUCAGACUGCAUCACAAAUGAAAUCUUGGUCCGGUUCACUGAGGCUCUGGAGUUCAACACUGUGGUCAAGGUGUUUGCCCUGGCCAACACACGAGCUGACGACCAUGUGGCCUUUGCCAUCGCCAUCAUGCUCAAAGCCAACAAGACCAUCACCAGCCUCAACCUGGACUCCAAUCACAUCACAGGCAAAGGCAUCCUAGCCAUCUUCCGGGCUCUCCUCCAGAAUAACACGCUGACGGAGCUCCGCUUCCACAACCAGCGACACAUCUGUGGUGGCAAGACAGAGAUGGAGAUCGCCAAGCUGCUCAAGGAGAACACCACCCUGCUCAAGCUGGGCUACCAUUUUGAGCUGGCUGGACCCCGAAUGACUGUCACCAAUCUGCUCAGCCGCAACAUGGACAAGCAGCGACAAAAACGACUGCAGGAGCAAAGGCAGGCACAGGAGGCCAGUGGAGAGAAAAAGGAUCUGCUAGAGGUGCCCAAGGUGGGCACCCCAGCCAAGGGCUCCCCCAAGCCCUCACCCCAACCAUCUCCAAAGCCUUCUCCAAAGAACUCACCCAAGAAGGGGGGUGUUCCAGCUGCCCCACCCCCCCCUCCACCUCCCUUGGCCCCACCCCUUAUCAUGGAGAACCUGAAGAACUCACUCUCACCAGCCACCCAGAGGAAGAUGGGAGACAAAGUCCUCCCUGCCCAAGAGAAGAACUCACGUGACCAGCUCUUGGCUGCCAUCCGUUCCAGCAACCUCAAGCAGCUCAAGAAGUUAAGUAGUUUGGGGCAUGGGCCAACAAGGCUGGGGCUGGACAGGGGCUUGGAGAAGAGGGCAGGGCUACGAAAGAGAGGGAUGCAGAGGGAGUUCACGAAGAAAGUGGUCAGAGGCGGCAAGGGCAUCUUGCUCACGGGAGCGCUGCGCCUCCUGCGGGCAGAACGAGUCCUAGGUUCUCCUACCGUCCCAGAGUGCCCCGAGCUGCGCUGCUGGCCCCGGGAGCUGAUGGGAGUAGGGAGUGAGGCGAUCUCCAUCCCGCAGGACCCUGAGGACAUCCAAUCGGGUGUCUCUCAUUCCGCCUAG